AUGGACACGCGAAUUUACGAGAAAAGUCCUACGACUUCCAAUUCUUUGUCAUUUAACUUUUACACUUUUACGGAAAAGGAUCGCGAAGAGGCUCAUUCCUUAGUCAGUUCACUAAAUGAGAAAUUCAAAGAAAAAGGAAAGG